AUUAAUGCUCCUUCAUCUGACUUAUUAUAAAUGUCAUUAUUGAUUCUUCUGAUGAAAUAUCAUCGGGUGUCGUUGUUGUUGCGCUGUGUUCGGUCCCGGUAAACCGGUCAGAGUGAGCCCUCCCUCCUCCGCCUCCUCUCUCUGUGUCUCAUAGUAACGGUCACCUGCAGAAACACACCGGGACUCGCGGAGCUCACACCGACCACAGACGGACCCUUGCCCGGCUGCAGGACACCGACCUCGUCGCUCGGUUCUCCCCCGCUGAUCAAACCCGAUCAAUCGAUACCUCGGAUCGAUUGGCUCUGAUGUCCGCCGCGGUGGAACCGGCGCGUGGCCUGCGGCGGGAUCAGAGCAACCGGAGUAGCGAGUGAUGACAUCAGCGUGUGAGAGUCCUGAUCCUCCCCGCGUGAGCUGAUCGAUAAUUUAUCAGGUGUUCCAGUGUUCCCAGUGCUCCCAGUCCCGUCUAGGAUGCUGCCAGCUUCCAUCCAGAUCACGGGGGAGCUGCUAUCAGCAGCUGAGGUCCAGGACAUCUGUGAGAGUCUGAAGGAGGACAGCGUCCGGCUGUUGUCCGUCCGUGGCUGCCAGCUUUCAGACCGCGACUUCGGACGCAUCUGUCGCAGCGUCGCAGAGUCGCGCUCGCUUGCUCAGCUCAACCUUAACCUAGGCGUCGUCUCCAGCAUCAGCCGGACACGACACCUGGCUGACGCCCUGAAGACCAACCGAUCCCUGCAGACCCUGUUUCUCCACGGCAGCCCCCUGUUGGACGCUGGCCUGGUAACCCUGAAUUCGGCCCUGUCGACCCACCCAACGCUUGUCUGUCUGGAUCUGGGAGACUGCAUGCUGGGAGACGAGGCGCUGGGUCUGAUCUGUGGGAUGCUGCCACCCGACGGAGCAAAGUCAGGUCUGAGGGAGCUAACGCUCAGUGCUAACCCAGGAAUCAGCUCCAAAGGCUGGGCUCGACUCAGCAUCGCUGUGGCUCACAGCUCCCAGCUCCGAGUCCUCAACCUGGACUACAACCCACUGGGUGAUCAGAUUGCAGGGAUGUUGGCAGUUGCCGUGGCGUCCAGCAGAACCCUGGAGGUUUUGGACCUGGAGGGAACCGGACUGACCAACCAAUCAGCACAGGUCUUCUUGGACAUGGUGGAGAACUACCCGACCAGUCUGCGGGUCCUGGUUCUGGCAGAGAACGACAUCAGUCCAGAGUUGCAGCAGCAGAUCUGUGACCUGCUGUCUGAAGGAGAGGACGACGAUGACAGAGAGGCCCCGCCCCUCCAACCAGGCCACGCCUCCAACAGUGCACUGCUGCCAAUAAGAGACAAGUACCAACCAAUCAGAGACAAGUACCAGCCCCCCACCUGGCUACCCCACAGCAACUCCAGCCCCCAGAUGAUCUUGCUGACUUCAGGUCUAGGUGAGAGCUUAUUGGCUGAGACUGAGAUGUGACUCCUCCCCAAAACACACCCACUUCCUGUUAGACCGCCUUCACUCCAUUCUCUUUAGUUGUUUAUUUUGGGGUUGGAAUGUUCCUGUUUGUUUCUGCACUGCACUACUCCGGGUUGUCAGAUCACCUGAUCACUAGCAGCCAAUCACAUGCUCUGCAUGGUUUGAUGUAGCACCUGUACAAAGACUAGAACACAAUGAGUUGUGGCACAAAACCUUAACACACCAAGUGACUUACAGACAGGUGUUUGAUCAGCAGGUGAACAGUGUUUCAGUAUCACUCAUACGGCUCCAUUCCAAAGGCUUAAUGGAUGAAUGACUAAUGCACCAAACAUCAGUUAGAAGACAUUAAUGAGAACAACAUCUGGACCCAGCUGGGUGAGAGGAGGAAGAUAGGACAGCUGGGGAUGGAGGAGAGGUGUGCAGAGGAUCAUGGGAAGUCUCCCAGCAGCCUCGGCCUAAGUAGAGGUUUGAUAACUGCAGCCUUAAAAGCCUGUGGAACAUUAUCCUGUUACCACAGAGACAUUUAUCUGGUCUAAUGUGGAAGUGUCAGUCAAAGGUAAAGCAUCUCUGAGAAAUCUGGUUGGAAUCGGAUCCAAGAGACAUGUGGAUGGUUUGGAUUUAGAAACUACUGAAGUCAACUCAGCAAAGUCUGUGGGACAGACACAGUGUCAGGACAGAUCAGGACUGACAGACGUUUCUAAAGCUGCUGUUCCUGACUCACCUGCAUCACAGCUGUAGGAAGGAUGAGAUGGAUUCAGCUCUAAUUAAUGUCUCAUAACUGAUAUAUAAGUGUUAGUAAAUGAUUUAUUAAGCAUUGAUGAAUGCAUUAAUUCCAGCUUAUAGAGCCAGUAGGCCUGGAGUCCUAUCACAGUGGUGCCUGUGUUUCUGAUGAAUGUACCUUCUGCUCUGUGGGUUUGUUCUGCUGCUCCGAUGUCACAAUAAUAAAACUGUUUACAGCUUC